GCGGGCAGUGUCACAGCUGUUGGGACAGCAAACUGCUCGGCCUGCAGCUAGGGACAGAGAGAAAGUAUGAAGCCAUCCUGGUUGCAAUGUCGCAAAGUAACAGGCGCCGGGACGCUUGGGGCACCUCUGUCAGGAUCUCCUUCAAUAAGAGGAGCCGGUGUGGCCCGAAGGGCUUUAGUGACCGGGUUCGGGGGCAGGGGCUGCAGGGCUCUGACCACCGGCAGUGGUGGCGAGUACAAGACCCACUUUGCCGCCUCUGUGGCAGACCCAGAGAGAUUCUGGGGUAAAGCUGCUGAGCAGAUCAGUUGGUACAAGCCCUGGACCAAAACGCUAGAGAGCAGAUACCCGCCUUCCACUAGUUGGUUUGUGGAAGGGAUGCUUAACAUUUGUUACAAUGCUAUUGAUCGGCACAUUGAAAAUGGCCAAGGGGAUAAGAUUGCUAUCAUUUAUGAUAGUCCCGUUACAGACACCAAAGCAACUAUUUCCUAUAAGGAAGUCUUGGAGCAGGUCUCUAAGCUGGCUGGUGUCCUGGUCAAGCAGGGUGUCAAGAAAGGUGAUACUGUGGUCAUCUACAUGCCCAUGAUCCCACAAGCAAUAUAUGCCAUGCUGGCGUGUGCAAGGAUAGGAGCAAUCCACAGUCUCAUAUUUGGAGGCUUUGCAUCCAAAGAACUAAGUACACGCAUUGAUCAUGCGAAGCCUAAGGUGAUUGUCACAGCAUCAUUCGGCAUCGAACCUGGAAGGAAGGUAGAGUACAUCCCACUCCUAGAAGAAGCACUAAGAAUAGGACAGCACAGACCAGACAGAGUUCUCAUUUACAACCGUCCAAAUAUGGAGAAAGUGCCUUUGAUGUCAGAUCGUGAUCUUGACUGGGAAGAAGAAAUGGCAAAAGCCCAGUCCCAUGACUGCGUGCCUGUUCUCUCAGAGCAUCCAUUGUACAUUCUCUAUACAUCUGGAACAACUGGGCUGCCUAAGGGUGUUGUUAGACCCACUGGUGGAUAUGCUGUCAUGUUGAACUGGACAAUGUCUUCCAUAUAUGGACUCAAACCUGGAGAGGUGUGGUGGGCAGCUUCUGACUUAGGCUGGGUUGUUGGACAUUCCUAUAUUUGCUAUGGACCUCUUCUACAUGGAAACACAACAGUUUUAUACGAGGGAAAGCCUGUGGGAACACCAGAUGCUGGAGCUUAUUUCCGAGUGCUUGCAGAGCAUGGAGUGGCUGCCUUGUUUACAGCACCAACUGCAAUUAGAGCCAUCCGUCAACAGGACCCUGGGGCAGCCUUGGGGAAGCAGUACUCUCUGACAAGGUUCAAGACACUGUUUGUGGCUGGGGAAAGAUGUGACGUAGAGACCCUAGAAUGGUCAAAAAAAGUCUUCCGUGUCCCUGUCCUAGACCAUUGGUGGCAAACAGAGACUGGAUCCCCCAUCACGGCAUCAUGUAUCGGAUUAGGUAACUCCAAAACACCUCCACCAGGACAAGCAGGAAAAUGUGUUCCAGGAUACAAUGUUAUGAUUUUGGAUGACAACAUGCAAAAACUGAAGGCUAGAAGCUUAGGAAAUAUUGUGGUAAAGUUGCCGUUACCACCUGGGGCUUUUUCAGGACUCUGGAAGAAUCAGGAAGCAUUCAAGCAUUUAUACUUUGAGAAAUUUCCUGGCUACUACGACACUAUGGAUGCUGGCUACAUGGAUGAAGAAGGCUACCUUUAUGUGAUGUCCCGAGUGGAUGAUGUAAUCAAUGUUGCAGGCCACAGGAUUUCUGCAGGGGCUAUUGAGGAGUCAGUCCUUUCACACGGCACUGUGGCUGACUGUGCUGUGGUUGGCAAGGAAGACCCCUUGAAAGGCCAUGUCCCUUUAGCACUCUGUGUGUUGAAGAAAGACAUAAAUGCAACAGAAGAACAAGUUUUGGAAGAGAUUGUGAAACAUGUUAGGCAAAGCAUUGGCCCCGUGGCUGCUUUUCGAAAUGCAGUUUUCGUCAAACAGUUGCCCAAAACCAGGUCUGGCAAAAUUCCACGAUCUACACUGUCUGCCCUGGUCAAUGGCAAGCCUUAUAAGGUAACCCCUACAAUUGAGGACCCCAGCAUUUUUGGUCACAUUGAAGAAGUGCUGAAGCAGGCUGUGUGAUGUUUGUUUGCUACUUUCAAUCACUUUGUCUUAACUUUCUAGCUGGAUUUAAGUCAUUUAUUUUCUAUAAAUGAAUACUUGAAAAAAUUCCUUCUCAACUAAGAUGUGAGCUGUAGUGUGAAGUCAGUCUAGUGACCCCUGAAAGUGGCUAUGCUUUGUGUUUCCCGUGAGCCAGUUUGCACAAUUACCUCUUUUUCUGUAAUAUGCAUCAUUAUAUGCUAUCUAGUGUAUUUAGGAACAUGACUUUGGUGUAUGGCUUUACCAAAUUCAUGUGUUUUACAAACACAUUUUAAUUGAAAGUAUCUGUACUAUAAACAUACUUUCUGGAGAUAAGAAUCAGCCACACUUUGAUCAAAAUUUAAACUGAAAUCAAAGUCAGAAUAUAAUUUAAAAUGUUAUUGAGGAGAUACAAAUGUUGUUUAAUAUUUUAAAGAUGGCUACCAUAUUUUGGGCUAAUUAUCAAGGCAGAAUAGGUUGCUUGGUAACACAGGACCCCAGGGUCAAGCAUCACUUCUAUGUUGCAUGUUACUGGGUAUGGAGAGGCAUGUAUCUGGUAGAGAACCUCGAUAUCCUUCCACCAAAUAUUUUGAAGAGAUGAAGACUUCUGGAAUCCCCUGUCAUGGCUGACUCUGUAUCUGGAUGCCUUCAUGUUCCAAUGGAAUCAAGGGAUUACCUCCAAAUGGAAAGGCAUGGCAAGAAAGAUAUUAUAAGAAAUUUAAAAGUUUUCAUCUUCUGCCAAAUGUCAAUACAAUUUCAUGGCCAUGUCAAUAUCAAUGAGUCUUCUCUCUUCUCCUCUCUCUUUUGCUCUGUCUCUCGGUCUCUCUGUCUCUGUGUCUCUCUGUCUCUCUCUCUCUCUCUCUCUCUCUCUCUCUCUCUCUCUCUCUUUCUCUCUGACAAGGAUGUGUUUCUUACAUUGGCCUCUUAUAAAUCCUGGUCCUCUUGCCUCUUACUCAUAGUUGCUUGGGUUAGCACCAAAUUAGUACUUUUUCUGCUUAUAAAGGUUGAACCCAGAACCUCAUACAUGUUAUGUAAGCACGCGUUCACUGAUCUAUACUGCUGGUGCUCAGUGAAUUUCUGGUGGUUCUUGAGGUGCAUAUUCCAACAAGUGAUUUUACGAACAAGCUUUAAAUACUAGACAUCUUAUGUUCCAUCAAGGGGGCAUCCCUAUCAGAUCAGGAGAGAGGCUAUACCAUACUAUGAGAGCCUCUGGUUUUCAAGAGAACCCCAAACAUUUAAAAUUAAAGCUUGCAAGUUUUAAUUUUAAUUUGAACAAAUGGUAAAACAUCUAAAAAUUAUGCUCUAAUAUAUAUUUCUGUCUACACUUCUAUAAAAUGAUGAAACUUUUUCAAAAAAUGAAAUAAUCCUUUAAUAAGUUAUAGAAAUAUAUCCAUUUACUAGAGUAGAAAUACUUGAAACUAGUUAUAUUUUAGAGUAUAUAUUUAAAUUCAAAAAGCAUACUGUGUUCAUUGAAUCUCAGUUCUUGUAAUAAUUUCUUUAUUUUCCUUUUUUUUGCAUUUUGGAAACAUUAUGAAGAGCACAAUGUCCUCAUAGAAGUGUCCAAAUAUAUGAAAUAUAGUUAAGUAACAACAUAUUAGAAUUUACUGGUCAUAAAAGUUAUACAUAUCUUACAUAAAGUUCUCAAUUAGUCCUCUUUGGUCUGUGUCCUAACAGAUAAGUCCAAAUACAGGUGAGAAUUAACAGAUUACAACUUACCUGUUAUAAACACACACACACACACACACACACACACACACACACACACACACACACAUAUAUAUAUAUAUAUAUACAUAUAUAUGUAUACACACAUAUACACACAUAUCCAUUUUAGGCAACUUUGGGCUGCAAAUUGGAUAAUAAAUGGCUUCUCAAAGGGAAAUUAUAUUGAUUAAACUACCUUCUUUAUUGAUAACAUUGAAAGCAGUAACUUUUAUCAUCUUUACUUAUUUUGGUAUUCUGAAUUAAACCAACUGACAUUUUUUAACUUGAAGUUCUUGAGUUUCUUGAAUUGUGUAUUUACAUUUUAUCUAUUAUCUCAACUGUAGGGAUUACAAAUCAACAAUUUUUAAUAUGUUAGCUUUAAAAUACAGUUCACUAUUCUCUCCACAUGAAUCAGGUACUUUAACUAAAUUUUUCAUUUUGUUAUUUGCCACUUAUAAACUCAGGCAGAUCUAAGAAUUGAGCAAAAUUUUCAUCUUUGGACCAUUUGUCGACUUUCCUCUUUAUCAGAUCUGGAGGGACACAUCAGCAAGUAAGCAUGGGCUAUUUUCCAGUAGAGAGAAUCUUUAAAAAUAAAUAAAUAAAAUGGAAAAAACAAACAAAUGAAUAAACAAACUAAAAGACAGUUUCUUAUACAUGGGAAGGAGCUGUUUUGUUUUGUUUCAAUGAGGAAAUCCAUCUCCCCUGCAGACUAGAAGCAGUGAUCACAGCUGUGGUGCUCAAAUGAAGUCAUCAGACUGCUUAAAAAUUUGGGAGAGAAUUUGCUUUCUAUUUUAAAAUCUUACCAUAAGGUUUUUGUUUUGUUCUGUUUGUCAUAUUGCAACAAAAAUAUUUUGAAUUGAAUGUCUUUGAUAGCAAUGACAUAAUCCAAGAAAUGUGACCAUACAUAAAUUCACCUUGAUGACAUCUCUGUGAUCUCAUACUUUAUGAAAUUUUUAAUUUUUUAAGACACUGGCAAAAAUGAAAA